AUGGCCCCAACAGCAUCAGCAACCGCCGCAGUACCGACACUGACACAAAGUGGGGCACGGGUCGCCUUGGAAGCAGCAGAGCAGCAUGCGCUCGAUGUUGGAGUACCAAUGAGCGUAGCUGUAGUAGAUGCGCACACACACCUUUUAGCCUUCACACGCAUGGAUGGCGCGAAAAUAACUUCGAUAAACACUGCCAUGGACAUGGCAUUCACCGCCGCCGGGAACCGCAUCCCCACCUCCGCAUACCAAGAAACACCAUGGCCGGGCAGCGCGACUUCGGGCAUUGGCAACACAAUCAUGGGUCGCUUCACCACGCUCGGUGGCGGCGUGCCUAUUCUCUCGGCUGCGGGAGACAUACUGGGCGCAAUAGGCUGUUCUACCGGCACAAGCAUGCAAGAUGAAGCCGCGGCGAAAGCGGGCAGGGAUGCGGUGCUAGAAGUCAUAAGGAAGGAGAAAGAAGCAGAGGAUAUACGGCUACACGAGGAGAGGCAGGCUGUGCUUACAUUGUGGAAAGAAAAGGAAGAGGAAGUGGGCAGCCUGCGGGAAGAACUAGAGGGAAUGGACAGGAGCAGCAAGAGGAUAAGGCUCGAUGGAGGGCGAUCGGGCAGCGCAAGUGUUGCCAGCAGUAUGGCAGGAAGGAGGUCGAGCACACAGACAGGUGUGGCACCAGAUACGCCGCCUGAAGACGCUGCGCUGCAUCCCAGCUUUGUUGGAGAAGUUUCCGUGGGACGAUAUUAA